AUGGAGCCGUCUGCGUCGCCGCCCGUGCGCCUCGUCGUGCGCAACGUGUACACGCCGUCCGAGUCGCUUGCGCUCGCGCUGGACCCGCAGACGCUCGUGCGCGACCUGAAGCACCGCCUCAGCGUCGAGUUCCCGUCGCGCCCGUCCGUUGCGAGCCAAAAGCUCAUUUUCGGCGGCAAAGUCUGCAGCGACGCAGAGCCACUGGCACACGUGCUGGUGCAGAUGCAGAGUCUGCCGCCUGCGGAUGCAGACGAUACGGACAGUGUCGAGCCCAUUGUGCUCCAUUUGCUGGUCCACACUUCGGGCGAGGAGAGGAUCAAGCGCGUGGAAGCGAAGGUGUCAGCGCCAGUGCAGCUGCAGGAAGCGACAGAGGCACAGGACUCGCCUCGCCCCAGCACCCGCAGUGAACCAGCACGUGAGCCAGCGGACUUUAGUGUGCCGCCUCAGUUUUCACUCAACGAGACGCCGACCGCAGCGCCUUUACAUCAGCCGCAGGUGCCGCUCGAGCAGCAGAAUGUGUUCCGACAGAGCAUGCUCAUGCAGCAGCAGAUGCUGGUGCUGCAGCAGAUCCAGUACCUUCAGUAUAUGCUGCUACAGCAGCGACACCAGCACGCGGUGAACAAUGGUGCAGAGACGCAGCAGCCACAUGGAGCUUACUUUGUUCCGCCGUACAGCAAUUUAUACGGCAUGAUGCAGCCGCAGAUGGCACGUGCACAAGCAGAUGCACAGGCAGCACAGGCGCCUGUGAACGCGUCGGUUUCCGCUCACAUGCAGCCGCCUGCUACUGCCGCUGCUGUUGCUGCAGCAGUACCGCAAGAGCGGCCGAUGCUCGUGGAGAUGGUGCGCGAAGCGUUCUCGCUGCUGGACUUUCGACUGGCGCUCAAGAUGGCGUUCAUGCUGUUUAUCAUCGGACAGGAUACACCCAUUGAUCGCAUCCUGUUGCUGGUACUGUUAGCCUUUGCCUCGUAUUUGCACAUUACCGGCAUUCUCGCUAAGGUCUACGAGAUAUACAAUCGUCGUCGCAGGAGAAAUGGCGUUGCAGCAGCAGAUGAACAAGCUGCUCCCGAUGCUCAAGCUGGACCGGCAGGUGGUGUAAGUGCUGCUAUUGCAAGCCGAUAUGGAGCACUGGUGCGUGUGCUUCACAUUUCCGCCGAGCGUGGAUUCGUUCAUGAUGUGAAGUACUUUGUGGUGGGCUUCUUGCUGUCGCUCGUGCCAGCGUGGCACCCGCAGCCCAGCCAGGGCGCCGCGGCUCCCGUGGCAAUGCCCGAGGACGUGCCUUUGCAGGAAAUGUAA